CCGCCGCCGCCGCCGCCGCCGGGAGGAGCUGCCCGCGCCCCGCGGGUGCGCACCGACCCGCUGCGCCGCACCAUGCCGCGCAUAGAUGCGGACCUCAAACUGGACUUUAAGGAUGUUCUGUUGCGACCCAAGCGGAGCAGCCUCAAGAGCCGAUCCGAGGUUGAUCUUGAACGCACCUUCACAUUUCGUAACUCCAGGCAGACCUACUCAGGGAUUCCCAUCAUUGUGGCCAACAUGGACACGGUGGGGACAUUUGAGAUGGCAGUGGUGAUGGCACAGCACUGCAUGUUUACAGCCAUUCAUAAGCAUUACACCCUGGAUGACUGGAAGCUCUUUGCAACGAAGCACCCAGAAUGCCUGCAGGCCGGGAACGUGGUGACGGGAGAGAUGGUGGAAGAACUUAUCCUUUCUGGAGCAGAUAUAAUCAAAGUGGGAGUUGGGCCAGGCUCUGUGUGUACCACCCGCACCAAGACAGGCGUGGGCUACCCCCAGCUGAGCGCAGUGAUUGAGUGUGCCGACUCUGCCCACGGCCUGAAGGGCCACAUCAUUUCUGACGGAGGCUGCACGUGUCCAGGAGAUGUCGCCAAAGCAUUUGGAGCCGGAGCUGAUUUCGUCAUGCUGGGAGGGAUGUUUUCGGGCCAUACUGAGUGUGCUGGAGAAGUGAUCGAGAGGGAUGGCCAGAAGCUCAAGCUCUUCUAUGGGAUGAGCUCUGACACGGCAAUGAAGAAACACGCGGGAGGAGUUGCUGAAUACAGAGCCUCAGAGGGCAAGACUGUGGAAGUGCCUUACAAAGGAGAUGUGGAGAACACGAUUCUUGAUAUUCUUGGGGGACUGAGGUCGACCUGCACAUAUGUGGGGGCCGCCAAACUCAAAGAGCUCAGCAGGAGGGCAACGUUCAUCCGGGUAACCCAGCAGCACAACACCGUGUUCAGCUAACCUUGACGAUGAAGUGCCAGCCAGCUCGGUGGGAGCUUCCACACGCAUCUGCUUGCUCCAUCUCCCUCCCAGUGUAUCAUGUAAGAGCUUGUGCUGCUCCGGAAUGGUGGAGUGCUGCCUCCUGUCUCCCUGCUCCCACCACCUGAGCCCCUGGGACUUUCCCUAGUGCCUUGUUGGGGCCCAGAUGCAGGGUGCUGAUUGGAUCAGUGAUCAGAGCCUAGCUACCCAGAACUUAUAACUUCGUUGUUAAAACUAACAUUUGCACCUUUUUCUUUUUUUUUUUAAGAAAAUGGUUUCACUUUAAUAUAAUGCUGUUAUCUUAAGAACUGAUUGAGUGCUGGAGUUUCCAUUUGCAGGAACCAAAUUAUAUGGGAUAGUUGGGGGUUUUCUAUUUCCUUCCCAGACAGGCUUAAACACUCAGCUACAAACUGAAAGGUUGGCAGUUCAAGUCCACCUGGAGGCAUCUUGGAAGAAAGGCCUGGCAAUCUAUUUCUGAAAGAUCACAGCUACUGAAAACCCCAUGGAGUGGAGCUCUAGUCUGAAACACAUGGAGUCACCAUGAGUUGGAAUUGACUUGACAGCAACUGGUUGGGUUUGGUUUUGGCUUUCCCAGACAGGUUAGUGGCAGACCACUAUUGGCUAUCAGUUGUCUAGGCAACAGGGGAGGGGAGGGGGGAAAGGGGAAGCCUCAGGGAAAACAGGCCAGAGUCAGAGUAGCUGGUGUCCCCUCCUUCCAAAUUUGGGUUGCUGGGAAAGAAUAAAAGGAAUUGACCGGGCAGAACCCAAAGAACUCAUUUCCUGGCUGGUGCUUUAACCUGGUUGUAGCAACACAUUUUUUUAAAAAUUGUACUUUAGAUGAAGGUUUACAGGACAAACUAGCUUCUCAUUAAACAGUUAGUACACAUAUUGUUUUAUGACAUUGGUUAACAACCCCACGACGUGUCGACACUCUCCCUUCUCAACCUUGGGUUCCCUAUUACCAGCUUUCCUGUCCCCCUCCGACCUUCUAGUCCUUGCCCCUGGCCUGGUGUGCCCUGUCUCGUUUUGUUUUAUGGGCCUGUCUAAUCUUUGUCUCAAGGGUGAACUUCAGGAGUGACUUCAUUACUGAGCUAAAAGGGUGUCUGGGGGCCAUACUCUUGGGGUUUCUCCAGUCUCUGUCAGGCUAGUGAGUUUGGUCUUUUUUUGUGAGUUAGAAUUUUGUUCUGUAUUUUUCUCCAGCUCUGUCUGGGACCCUCUGUUGUGAUCCCUGUCAGAGCAGUCAAUGGUGGUAGCUGGGCACCAUCUAGUUGUACUGGACACAGUCUGGUGGAGGCCAUGGUAUAUGUGGUCCAUUAGUCCUUUUGGACUAAUCUUUCCCUUGUGUCUUGGGUUUUCUUCAUUUUCCCUGGCUCCCGAAGGGGUGAGACCAAUGGAGUGUCUUAGAUGAAGGCGACACCUUUCUUUACUACCUUCAUUACACAGUCCUUUUGGGAACACAUUUUCUGUCUCUGCCAGUCUGGUGGGCUUGUUGCUUCCAGGGAAGCUACCUCUGGUUUCUUGUUCAGUUUUGUUUUCCACCAUCCAUUUUCUUUCCCUUCUCAGACCCACCUUUCCAGGCCAGUUUCUCUUAAGGAGUUUGUAGAUUAUUUUGGAACUCCCUGGGAUAUUUUAGGGGAAGGGUACCUUCUAAAAAAUUAACCAGUCGGAGCCCUGACCACUGGCACCCUAACGGGUGUUGGUUUAAAAUAUGAGUUAGAGCAGUUCCUUCAUUGUGGCGAUUCCUACUUUUAAGGGAAGACCACACGGUAUUACUCUAUGGCAGUCGAUUAAUUGGCUGAUUACAAUGACAUUUUCUCGGAGAAAGGACCUGCAGCGGUCCGCUCCGACACUGGUGAAGACGUGAACACUGGAUGAAUUAAUGACUGGCUGGUGGUGCAGUGGCUAAAGUGCUUGGCUGCUAACCGAAAAGGUCUGCGGUUCAAACCCACCAGCUGCUCCGUGGGAGAAAGAUGUGGCAGUCUGUUUCUGUAAAGAUAUACAGCCUUGGAAACCCUACAGGGCAGUUCUCCCCUGUCCUAUAGGGUCGCUAGGAGUUGGAAUCGACUUGACAGCAGUGUGUUUUUUUGGUUUGGCCACGGAUUUGCAAGUGUUACCUGAGUAAUAGGACUAGAAAGCUUCUGUGCAUCAGGAUAUUGUAGUUUAUUUACUCUUUAACAAGGCUAACAAGGCUAAAGAGGUGGAUGUUGUUGUUGGCUGCCAUCGGGUCAGCCCCUGACUCAUGGCGGAAUGCUGCCUGGUCCUGUGCCAUCCUGAUGAUCAGUGUAGAUCAGACUGUUGUGAUCCAUUGGGUUUUCAUUGGCUGGCUUUUUUGAUGCAUAGAUCACCAGGCCUUUCUUCCUAGUCCAUCUUAAUUUGGAAGCUCCACUGAAACCUGUUCAGCAUCCUGGCAACAUACUAGGCUCCACUGACAGACGGGUGGUGGCUAUGGAUGAGGUGCGCUGGCUGUGAAUCAAAUCUGCACCACCCACAUGGAAGAUGAGAAUUCUACCAGUGAACUGGUGCCUUUUACAGAAGCAGAUAUAAGAAACAAAUUUUCUUUGAAAAGGCAAGUUGAGUAGAGAAGCUUCUCGGACUUGUACGGCAGGACCACACAGUACUACUGUAGAAUGCUGACUUAAUGGCCUGAUUGUCCACAGUGGCACAUUAAAGAGCUACAACUGUGCUCGACUAUGCAAAGGAUCUAACCAAAUCCUCCCACUCUGGGAACCUAUAGGUCCGUUUUCAGUACUAUCAUAAUACAUUUAAAGAGCCAGCAACUUUAACUGUGCUGUAAUAUUUCCACCCCCCCCCCAAAUCCAUAAGAAACGGGAAUGGCUGGAUUAUUAAGAUAGGAGGGUCGAGAGGAUGUUGAAUGUAGAGCAAGAUGUGGGGUUUGCUGGAGGCCCCUGACCUUUUAUACCUGUGUGCCUGUCAGUGUGAUGGAAGUGUGAGCCUCUCACACCGGUGGAAGACUUGUUUCACACUCAUGCUUUUAGAGGGAGUUUGUUUAAUUACUGCAGUUGGCUGAUAACUGAAAAGUUGGAGGUCCAAGUCCAUCCAGAGGUGCCUCAGAAGAGAGGCCUGACAAUCUACCAUAUCUUUACGCAGAUAAAACGUGUCUUCUGAGUUUGUUUGCCAGCCACACCCUCCCCU